GGACUAAACUUUCUAGAGCUUACCAGUUAAAAUACAAUGGCUAAAGUUGGAAUCAAUGGAUUUGGACGUAUUGGUCGUCUGGUUCUUCGUUCUUGUUUGGACAAGGGAGUUGAAGUUGUAGCCAUAAAUGAUCCUUUCAUUGAUGUCAACUACAUGGUUUACAUGUUCAAGUACGACUCAACACAUGGUCGUUUCAAAGGAGAAAUCAAAGCAGAUGGAGGUAUACUGAUUAUUGAUGGACAUAAAAUACGUGUUUUUCAAGAGAUGAAACCUAAUGCUAUUCCGUGGGGUAAAGCUGGUGCCGAUUACAUCGUUGAAUCAACUGGUGUUUUCACCACAAUAGAAAAGGCAAAACCACACCUUGAGAGUGGAGCAAAAAGAGUUAUUAUCACCGCACCCUCGGCCGAUGCACCUAUGUUUGUUAUGGGUGUAAACCAUAAAACAUAUGACCCAUCAAUGGAGAUCAUCAGUAAUGCUUCUUGCACAACCAACUGUCUAGCACCCAUUGCCAAAGUCAUUCAUGACAACUUUGGCAUUGUUGAAGGACUUAUGACUACAGUUCAUGCCGUAACAGCAACCCAGAAGACUGUUGAUGGUCCAAGUUCUAAGGCAUGGCGAGAUGGUCGAGGUGCCAGUCAGAACAUCAUUCCUGCUUCAACGGGUGCUGCUAAGGCUGUUGGCAAAGUCAUUCCAGAAUUAAAUGGCAAAUUAACUGGUAUGGCUUUCCGUGUACCUGUUGCCGACGUUUCUGUUGUAGACCUGACUUGUCGCUUGGAAAAGGGAGCUUCUUAUGACGAUAUCAAAAAUGCUGUUAAGUCUGCUUCUGAAAGCGACAAUUGGAAGGGAAUCUUGGGAUACACAGAAGAUGCUGUGGUUUCAUCAGACUUUAUUGGGGAUUCUCACAGCAGCAUCUUUGACGCAAGCGCUGGCAUUUCUUUAAACAAGAACUUCGUGAAACUUGUUUCAUGGUACGACAAUGAGUAUGGCUACAGCUGCAGAGUAGCUGAUCUGAUUAAAUAUGUUCACAGCAAGGCAUAAGAACAAUAAGGAAAUCCCUGACGGCCAACAGGAUAUUAUCGUAGAUGAAUGGACGUUUCUGUCCAUUGAUUGCUCUUCUAGUGCUUCUUCAAGGUUGUCUUGUUAGAUUGAUAUAAAACUGCCUACUUUCAGUUGAUUCCCAUGAACUCAAUUACUUGUGGAAACUGUGAUGUUAAGUUCCUAUAAAGUUCUUUUAUUUUUGUUUCCUUUUUUAGUCAUCAUUGCUAUUUUUUUAUAUAGAUGUUUCUGUCCCAUUGAUAUGCAAUCAUGCUGGUGGAAGUUGCCUUGACAAGUUAGUUGUUUAGAAGGAUGUAAUAUAAACAGUGAUUCUGUUAUUUAACAAUUCACUGUUUUACUCUUUAUAUGCAAUAAAACUAUUUAAAACAGUU